AUGUCUAAUUAUAUCCCCUCCUUCUCUGCCCCCAACUCCAGGCCGGGCUCCCCUCUCCCCCUUGGAUCCCCCUCGGCCUCCAGACCAACCAGCUUCUUCGCCAACUCAAGAGCGAACUCGUUCGUGGGAACAAGGAGAAACUCUGCCGUACCGCCUACCUCAAGAAAGAACUCGGUCGCUGUGCCCUCGCGCAAGAACUCUACAGUCGCUCCUUCAAGACCCGAUAGCGAAGACAAGUCCUCUUCGGAUCCCGAGUCUACAGAUGUCGAAGUCUUGAAGAACGAAAAGGGCGAGCCCCUUGCCGGACGUAUCGUUGGUGGUAAAUAUGUCGACCCUGCCAAUGAGUCCAUCGACCCCGAGUUUGGUGCUAUCAAGACGGUCGACAUAGAUAUGCCCCUUACUCUGACAGAGGUUGUCAAGGAGAAUGGAAAGGAAUACAUCGUACUGGGCUUUGCUUCAGGAGAUAAGGAGAACCCCUUCAACUGGAACCCGUGGUACAAGCGAUCCAUCUCUACCAUCCUGAACCUCAUGACACUGUUCAUUGGUCUUGCAACUACAGCCUACAGUUCCGGUAUCGCCAGCAUGUGUGAAGACCUCAACGCCCCCAACAUCAAGGGUCAAUUGGGUCUCUUCACCUUUAACAUCAGCUGUGCCAUUGCGCCCAUGAUUCUUGCUCCUUUCUGUGAAUUGGUCGGCCGAAAGGUCGUCUACGCCAGUUCUUUCCUGUGCUUCUCACUCCUCUUCAUCGGUCUCGCCCUCGCCCAGGACAUCAACACCAUUAUCGGACUUCGACUCCUGCUCGGUCUUUUCGGCUGUGUCGGUACCAUUCUCGUCGGAGGAACCUUUGACGACAUGUACGAGCCUCACCACCGAAGUCGCCCCAUGGCCAUGUUCAGCUGGGUCGCCAUCUUCGGAACUGUCGGUGCCCCCGUCUACGCAGGUUUCAUCAACCAGUCUCUCGGAUGGCGAUGGAUUGAGGGUAUCCAGGGUAUCGCCAACGUUCCCCUGCUGCUUGUAAUCUUCUUCUACUUCCCUGAGACCCGUGGUGGUGUCGCUCUCCACAAGCGCGCCAAGGCUCUUCGACAAGCGACCGGUGAUGAACGAUACGUCUCUGCUGGUGACAUUUUGACUCCCAGUCUGCAGGCUAUGCUCAAGGCCAGUUCCGUCAAGGCUAUUCACAUGCUCGUAACUGAGCCUGUUGUCUUUGCCUUUGGUCUCUGGAUUGCUUUCUGCUGGGCUGUCGUCUUCCUCUUCCUCUCGGUCAUCCCCAUCACUUUCCAGGAGCACCAUGGUUGGGGUGAGGGUGUCGCUGGUCUCCCCUACAUCUCGCUCUGCAUUGGUACCACCCUCGGCUGGUUGGCUCACCACUUCCAAAUGCGCAAGUUUGACCGUCUCGUUGCCGACCCCGACAUCAAGGUCACUCCCGAAGCCCGUCUCUACGGAGCUAUGUACGGAGCCAUGUUCCUCCCCAUUGGUCUCUUCAUCUACAGCUUCACCCAGUACUCUCAUGUUUCUUGGGUUGGACCCGCUAUCGGUCUUGCCCCCAUCGCUUUCGGUAUCUACUUUGUGUUUGAGAGCACAUACAGUUACACUGCCGAUUGCUACGGUGAGAGUUCAUCGUCUGCCAUUGCUGGACAGGGUCUCAUGCGAAACACCCUCGGUGCUGUUACGCCUCUGUUCGCUAAUGCUUUCUUCCACAAUGUCGGAAGUCAGUAUGCCGGUCUCAUCCUUGCCAUUUUUGGUACUAUUCUCAGCUUGAUUCCUUUCGUCAUGUUCAAGUACGGACACAAGUUGAGGGCUCGCAGCAAGUUGGCUAUUGAGAUGUAA